AAAAUUAUGAAGAAAAUACUAAAAGUACAAACUUAGCUAUUGAGUCUGAAAAUGCUAUAACAAAAAGUGCUAUAGCAGAUAGACUUUAUUUAGAUAUAGAAUUAAAGCUAUUUCUUUUUAAUAAUACUAGUUUUAAUAAAGCACAUGAGUUUGUAGAGGUAGAAGAAGAAGAAAAAAUUAAUAUUUUAAAAAAA